GCUUCCAGUUAAGACAAUGCACUUGGCACAGAGGCAGUUAGGAAUUAACUCCUGUUGUCUGGCAGUACAGAAGAUGCAUGUGACAAUUUCCUAGCACAGAAAACUUCAGCUGUGCUUCUUAGCCCCCAUAAGUAACUGAAAGACCAGUUUUCCAAAUGCAUUUGGGCACCUAAAGGUACACCUGAGGACAAUCAUUGUCACCUGCCUAAUUCCCACUGAAAAAUAUGCAGUCAGGUAAUUAAUUUUAAUUUUCAUUAUCUAAAAGAAAAAAAAUAAACCUAGUCUCUUAAAAGCUGUGUAUUUUUUCUCUGAACCACGCUGUGUGGACACUAGAACUAAAUGUACACAGGCAGCCUUUGUUUCGGCGUUUCCUAGCUUUUUAAUAUUAGUCUUUCACUUCCUAAGAAUACCAUCUGAAACAAUUUCCAUGCAUGAAACAAUGAAUCUACCAGUAUUAACAAAAGAUUUUACAUUAAUAAUGAGAGAAUUUUCAUUCAUAUUCAUAGUUAACCAAAAAAUGAACAUGAUUUCUAUGUUGUAACUCUCACACUAUCUGUCAAUUUCAAUCAUUUCCCCUCUUUUUGUAUGCUUCACUUAGCUUUCAUCCCCUUGAACACGUUUUUCUAUUUUGAUCAUCGCAUCCUUCUACAAGAAACCUCUUCAACGUUGUCUGUUUUCUAAUAAGUCUGUUUUCUUAUAUUUCAGUGAUCCGUUGCCUCAUUUACUCCAGCUUUCCCUAUAACUUAUGUUACCUUAUUUAGCCCUUGAAAACACCCACGGGGAAUAUUACCUCAGCAUCUUAUCACAACUGUAAAGCUGAAGCUACGAUUCUGAUGUGCAAUAUGCUAUUAUCUUCAGGAAGGCAUCCUGCAUAUACUAGGCUAAUAUUUACCAGUGUGCUAAUGUAACGAUGACCAAGCUGCCUCUGCUCCUCUCCGGGGCACCUUCUAUCGAUACGGAUGGGAAUUAAUGACAGUCUCUCUCUCUGCUGCCUGAUGUCAGAGCUGAGAAAGGUGUGAAGGGUAUAUAAGAGCUGUAUUGUCAGCAAGGAAGUGGGGAAAAGGGAUACUCCAGAGCCAGGUGCAAGCGUGGAACUGUGGCAUGCACCCUUCUCGCUAACGCAGGUGUGCUUCUCCAGUUAGCUCCCUGACCAUUACAAGAAAGUUUGGAAGCAAAGAUGUGUAACCUAAAGCUGUCAGUUUUCUUCAUUGUACUUUCUGUCACCCUGAGCUGUUUGGAAGCUACAUCUAUUGAGAAAUUAUUAUCUGUGAGUGACGAUCUCUCUGAUGGGACUUCCAAGAGGCAAGAGUGGAUACUGCCCAUAAUGUCACAGAACACACUCUCAGGACUUAGUGAGAAAAUGCCGGGACAGCCAGCAGCAAAGACAAAAAGUGGUCACCACCUGGAGAAACGGAAGUGCAACACUGCUACAUGUGUGACACAACGCUUGGCUGACUUCUUAGUUCGUUCCAGCAGCAACAUCGGAGCAAUUUAUUCACCUACUAAUGUGGGGUCCAAUACAUAUGGAAAGAGGGACACAGCUGGGCUUUUAAGCAGAAAAUCCCAAAACAAUACAAAUCUUUAGGGUGUUGUAAUGACUAUCAAUACAGUUUUAGUUAGGAGCUCAGUUUCUAAUGUAAUCUUUUGGUCAAUUAUUACUUGUACAGUCUUAACAGUGCCUUGUUUUCUUUGUGUACGUGUAUGUAAUUUAUGCAUGUGUAACAUCAUGCAUAGGCUAUUUCAAAUCCUUUAGAACUCCAGAAAUCUGCUUGUCAAAUUUCUUUGUAAAAAACAAGAAACAAAAAACUAUAAUAAAUGGCAGAAUAAUUCCAACUUUUUUAUUAUUUUAUUAUUAUUAUUAAAAGGCUAAAAAGAUAAACAUGAUGUGUAUGUCUUUAUAGUCACAGUUUGGUGAGAAGAAACCAUUCAUCUUAAUUAAGACCAACAAAAAACAGAACACUAAAAGAAGUUAUUUCCUAAUUUAGGUAAAACAGAAGAAUCUUCUGGUUUGGAAAUGGUUACAGAGCCUUUUUUUUUCCCAGGUGAAAGAACAAUUAGAUGAGAUAUUAUGGUUGUACAGUCUGAUUAUUAGACUAAUUAACUGCCUUGUCUCCCUCCACCAUUAAGAGCCUGAAAAUAGCAGAAGUAGCCUUGCAGUGUAGGUUUCCACACAGUGAGGAUAGGAUAUUAAGAGUUUAUUACUCUUACUAUAAGAUGGUAUCAGCAAAAGUAAGCAUCACAAGCAUAUCUUCAUUUCAAACUGGUAGAAAUACUUCUCUUUGAGUAUUCCUUUCCUUGAACUUAAGUAAUAAAGAGAAAAAAACAAAUGGCAAUUCAGGUAU